CGGCAGCAAAGUUACAUUGCUUCUCCAACCGCGGCCCCAUUCGCAUGUUGUCUUCUCUCCUCAUUUUACGCGUCGCUCGUCGACGUCUUUUCCGUCCAUGACGACCGCCAUUGAGCCAUGCCUCAGAGCCGAUUCCUCUGGCGAGGGCCUCGUCUCCCCUGCCUCUCCCCUUCUCCACCCUCGACCGCGCUACCGCUCCAGCUCCCGAUCCUCGACCCACCGAUAAGGCAUCGACCCGCUGUGGGUCAGCGACGAUGUUUGGCAUCCCAUGCCACGACACAGUUCACGACAGCUUCGUCGAGUUCUCCUUCGUCGGGCUUACAAUCGGGAUCAUUGUCCAUUUCUCAUCUAUUCCCGAGAUUCCCCGACUCGCAACUCUUUGAAGGCGAAACCAAACCGCCGGAUAGAUUCACAGACCUCGAUCUUCUCCUCCGGGCCAUCCAAUGUCGCGAUGUGCCCCAAAUCGGUCCUGCGUUCCUCGCAUGGACCCAGCGUCUGAGCAAUAACGAUGGAAGUGUCUCCCACGCCGCCCAAAUUGAGCUUCAAAAUCUGCCAAUCGCGACAUUCUCCGAGAUCCUGCGUUGGAUAGACCCGGUCGCCAACCCCGCUCACGAUGUUGCUCACGGCCUCAAUAUCUCCCUUGGCCAGACCCAAUUCACCGACGCUACCCGCCUCGUCGACGAUUUUGGUGUCCGCGUCCAGCACCGCGAAGUGCUCGAGGCCGUCAAGAUCCUCAUGGAGGCACGCCGUGCAUCCGGUGUCCGAAUGCUCAUCCCAGACUACGAGGUCUUCAUCCGGUGCGCAGCCGCUGCCUCCGACUCCCCUGCUGCCGUUGAGUUCUUCGGCGCCAUAAACAAGCACGGCCUGGGGUCUCAGCGCAACACCUCCACCUGGACCGAGUUCACCAAGGCGCUCUUCGUGACUGAACCGCUGUACUAUCAAUUUGACCGGUCUCGAGUUGCCGUGCUCCCGCGUCAGACAUACAGUAACCGGCAGCCCAUGGCCCCCGACAGACUCUGGAAGUUGGAGCGCAUGAGACACAGCAUCAAUGCCAUGCGCCAUCUACCUUUCAACCGAAACCCAGCGCGCCCCGCCCAGGAUCUUCGCAUGUUGACUCGCCAGAAAAGCAGGGUUCGACAGCACUGGAUCCGCUCAAAGCUAUACGGCGUGCUCCUAAACGAGGAGUUACUCUGCGCCACCAUGAUCUCGUUCGCAAGGUCAAGCUCUCUUACUUCGAUCAAGGGUGUUAUCCUUCAGCGAGGAUUCCGCAUCAGCUUGAAAGAGGACCAGGAUACUGGCGAGUCCGUCGUCACCAAAGGCAAGAUGUUCCGUGACGGCAACCCUCGAGAACCAACCGAACGCCUCCUCAGCGCCAUCGUAGAGACCUUUGGCUCCAUCUCCCGCGUCAGAGCGGCUCUUGAUCUCCUUGUUUACAUAUCUCAACGAUAUCAUAUCAGCAUUCCUCACGAAACGUGGUCCAACCUUCUCAACUGGGCUUAUGUCUGCGCUUCCAAACCGUUCCAGCGCAUGCGUGGCCACCAAGGACCUUACCCGGUCAACGACGUCAAAGCCAAGGACGUCAUCGAGAUAUGGAGAAUUAUGACGUCGGAGCCGUUUAAUGUCAAGCCCACAUUCGACGACUACAGUGUCUACAUCAAGGCCCUCAUCGUGCAGCGCAGCUUCCGCCUCGCCGUUGAUGUCAUUCGCAACGAGGCCGUGCCUUACUACCGCCAACUGGAAGAGGAACAUUAUAAUAUCGCGGUCGACGAAAUCCUCAAGGAUGAAAGCUUCCGGAGCCACCGCCGCCUCCAGAUAGAGACGCACAAGGAGUAUGUCUGGUACCACAUCAGCUCGUGGUUCGCGGCCCUCCUCCAGAGCGCCUCUGCUGGAAGGAACCAGCGCGAAGGGCGUUUCAUGCAAGUCGUGGUCCCAGACCUCAUCGAAGAGUUUAGCGACUUCUUCCAUGACCAGAUCUCCUAUCGCUCCGCCCAAGGCCGCGUCCGUCUGACGCGCUCGACGGAAAACCGCCGCUUCGACUACCAGCUGAAAAUCCGCACCACCCUACCUCAGGACCUGGGCGGGAUGGAAGUCAAGGCGCUCCAAAACCGCGGGGAGGUUGACAUUGAAGCGCCAGACUUCGACUGGCCACAGGCUGUGCAGAUGGAAAUCCUCGAUUGGAAGCGCAAGCCGCGAUCUAGACGGAUGCAUAAUCUACCAGCCCCGCAGUCUACCAGUGUUUCUGCAAAGCGAUGGUGGAAGAAUAUAGAACAAGACUUGAGGAUAUAGCACCAUAUCUUGUUAGAUUUGCCCACAUCUGGGCCGUUGUAUAUCAAAAUGAUUUCAUUUGAGAUACUACAAAGUUACGUCUCAAGGUUUCCAAGCCA